GACCUACCCUUAUUAAUUUUGACACUUUUUUCAAGCGACAUGUCGUACCUAAAAAUCGGAAUUAUCGGUGGAUCUGGCCUGGAUAAUCCAGAUAUUCUAAAGAACCGAUCAGAGAAAAGGGUCACAACCAUAUUUGGCGAUCCAUCGGACGUGUUAAUCCUCGGAGAGAUCAGUGGAGUGGCUUGUGUCCUUUUAGCCAGACAUGGAAGGAAACAUGAUAAAAUGCCAGGUGCUGUCAAUUAUAGGGCGAACAUAUGGGCCCUGAAAGAAGAAGGUUGCACCCACAUCAUCGCUACCAAUGCCUGCGGAUCUUUACAAGAGGAUAUACCUCCUGGCACUUUAGUUGUGGCUGAUGGAUUUAUAGAUCGAACCACCAAUAGAAAACAAACUUUUUACGAUGGCGAACCGGAUCAUCCGUCUGGAGUGUGUCACAUGCCAAUGGAACCGAUCUUUUAUCCGAAAUUACGUCAAGUUAUAUUGCAAACCGCUUGUGAGCAACUGAGCCUCCCGAUAAGAAACGGUGGUGUCAUACUUACCAUCGAAGGACCAAGAUAUUCGAGUAAAGCGGAGAGUCUGAUUUUUAAAAGUUGGGGUGCCCAUUUGGUGGGUAUGACUACGGUACCUGAGGCGGUACUGGCCAAGGAGGCCGGUAUUAUGUAUGCAGUGAUCGCUAUGGCUACUGAUUGGGAUUGUUGGAGGGAUCAUGAGGAUACUGUAACCCACCAUGCAGUCUUGGAGGUCUUUCAGAAAAACGUCGAAAAAGUGAUAAAACUCCUAAAAGCCGUAAUACCACAAAUGACCAAAGUGGACUGGACCAAUGACAUCAAAGCGAUGCAGGAUCUCGUGAAAACUAGCAUUGUGUCUGGAUAAUAGUGAAACUUUACGGUUGAAAACUUUAAUAAUAUGAUUAGGUUAGUUGUUAUUUUCUUUUAUAUGGUGUGUAUAUGGAUAUUCACUAAUAAAUUCAA